AUGGACAAAGGUCUUGGAGUAUCAUGGCGUAUAACUUCAGUCAAUCACUCACAGGAACGAACAUCUUUGAUUUCACUUAAACCUUUUCUAAACAUGCCUUUAAUUUAUCUUCUUCGAAGCCUUAUAGCUGUUCAUAAACAACCUGAAGGAACAUGGCGUGUGAUUCAAGAUAAACAAUUGAUUGUAGAUAAGUAA